GAACCAUCAUCGACGAAAUCGAGAACCAAGAAGUCCAAGAAGAGAAACAGAGAGGGGAAGCUCCAACAACCAAUAGAACCGAUGUCACAAAACCCUGGAGCAAAAAAGGAGAAUUUCAAAGUCAAAAUCCAACUUUUCCAAGACCAACCAAACAAGAUUCCACCUUUAGUCGCCUAUUUCCCGUCUGGCUACAAUCCUUGCAAAACCGAUCCUCAAACCCGACAAGAGGAGGAAGAGGAAGAAGAAGAAAGACCCAACAACAAAAGCGACCAACCAAGGGUCAAGGUUUAUAGAAACAUGGCUCAAAGGAAGACUAAUAGGCUGCAGGUUGUGGUUAGCCCAAGUGGGUCCAAUGUGGAUUUUGUGGGCUCCAAUUACAGUGGUGAGGCAGCUGCUGCGCAAGUUUGCAGGUACUCACUUGGGGUUCUUGAUAGGGAGACCAGGACUCUCAAGAUUAUUCCUGUUGCUUCUAAUAAGAUAUUUAGAUUGGAACCAAGAGUUAGAAGCUCAGAGACUGCUAAUAAGGAUGUUUCAAAUUCAGUUAAGAGUGAACUUACUACAGAAGACAAGGAGGACAAAAUGGGGGAGCUAACUGCACUCUAUGGAACAAAGAAGGAUAGAAAGAAGAGGAAGGAUCUUAAUAAUUUGAGGAAGGAAGUUGAUCCUGAAUCACAAAAAUCUUUGGACAAGAAGAUUGAGCAAGUUGCCUUCAACAAGGAGGCUCUGGGAAAUACCAGUGCCCUUAUUGCUCGUAAUAUCCCUCCACAUGACUCUUCUGCUACUACACCCAUAGAAGCUUACCCAUUGGACAAGAUUAUUCUCAAGGGAGACUGGGAAUUUCUUGGAGAUAUUUAUGGGCUUUUGGAGGUGGGAGCAGAAGUAGCAAGCAAUGCUUAUCCAACUUUUGUUUGCAACAGAAUUAAUAAAUUGGAAGGCAUUCAGGAUGAGACGGAGAAGAGGAAACUCUCCUGUGUUUUUUCAUUUAUCACUCAUCUUGUGAAGUUCAAUGAUCAGGUCUCCAUGGAUCGUUUUGCUUCUGCAAAGGGCCAUAAGAUCCCAAGCAUUAUACGCCAGAGGUUUUUCACCAUGUUUACGGAUCCAGGGUUGAGAAGACCUUCCCCUGACCAAAUUAACCUCCUGAUUAGUUACAUCUUGGUGCUCACUUUACAUGCUGAUGGAUUCCGAACUGACCCAUCAGAUAUAGCUAAGGAUCUAAGAAUGAGUUCAAUAGGUUUGAGACCUCAUUUUGAGAAUUUGGGGUGCAAACUUGUACGUGACAGCAACUCAAUAUUCACUACCCUUCCUGUUCCUCUAAAAUUUCCUUCGGAGAACUUGUUGCGGAAGCGGAGACGGUAGAUAGAACAACCGCUGUGUAUCUUAUUGUAGCAAUGUAGCUUUUUUACAUCAAAAGGAGGUGGUUCUGUGUCUUGGCUAUGCUGAGUAUACGACUCCAUGACGAAUUUUGAUUUAUCCUGUUUGCUUCGUGACCUUCUAUUGCUGCAACUGUUUUGGAGUUGAAGACAUUUGGAAUCAAAGAUGGGAUGCAAUUUUAUUUAGAGAUUAUAUUAUUACUUAUCAAGUGUUAGCAUGCCAUCAUUUUUGAACAAUCGGUCUUGUGUUUUGCCUCUCCCACUUUUUAUACUGUGAUCAUUUUGGGACAUGUAAAUCUUUAUUUAUAAGUUUCAAAUUCAUCUCAUAUCUCUUACAAAUUUCAAUGGGAAACAAGCACGGCUGCCUCAAA